CAGGCUCAUGAGACUCCGCACUCUGAGACUCAGCGGCCAGAAGCAAAGAGGAGCGACUGGAGGAGCCGCWGGAGCUCGUUACAUUGACGCGGCUCGAAAGGGAGGGCAACUUCUGUUGGAGAUGAACGGAGUGUCGCCGCUGCUGGAACCGCAGCGUCCCUUUGAUACGGGAAUCUUUCUCGGUCCUGAGACUGGGAGCCGGGAAAGUCUGAUUUGAGAAGGGGAAAGCUUUCGGAGAGCUCCUGCCUCAGUCUGAGGUUAGGAGGACCACAAAGGAGGGCAUUAAUUUGGAGCGUUUCCCGGACAAAAAGUCAUUCCUAAAACGCCACAAAAAUAAAAAAAUUACAAAAAUGACCACUCGCCUCUGCUUCCUCUUACUGGCCGCUCACGUGAUGGUUGCGAGCGCGCAGCCGGAGCCAAAGAACCAAAUGCCCCAGGCCCCGCUGUCCGUCACUCAGAGACUCGGGCUGGUCCAGAGGAAAGCCCAGGACCUGGCCAGGCCCAACAUCACCAUGCCGCGCCGCCGCCAGCCGCCCAUGUGCACGGGGCCCACGGAAAUCCGGGACACGUUCAAGUACAUCAACACGGUGGUGUCCUGCCUGGUGUUUGUGGUCGGCAUUAUCGGCAACUCGACUCUCCUGAGGAUCAUCUACAAGAACAAGUGCAUGCGGAACGGACCGAACAUCCUCAUCGGCAGCCUGGCGCUCGGAGACCUGCUGCACAUCAUCAUCGGCAUCCCCAUCAACGUCUAUAAGCUCCUGGCAGAGGACUGGCCGUUCGGGGUGACUCUGUGCAAGGUUGUGCCGUUUGUCCAGAAGGCGUCCGUGGGGAUCACCGUGUUGAGUCUGUGCGCUUUGAGCAUCGACAGGUAUCGUGCCGUGGUCUCCUGGAGCCGCAUCAAAGGCAUCGGCGUUCCGAAGUGGAUGGCCAUCGAGAUCGCCCUCAUCUGGAUCUUAUCCGUCAUCCUGGCCGUUCCAGAGGCUAUAGCCUUCGACAUGAUCACCAUGGACUACAAAGGGGAGCAGCUGAGGAUCUGUCUGCUGCACCCCAUGCAGAAGACGGACUUCAUGAGGUUUUAUAAAUCAGCAAAGGACUGGUGGCUAUUCAGCGCGUAUUUCUGCUUGCCGUUGGCCUGCACGGCCAUCUUCUACACCCUGAUGACCUGCGAGAUGCUGAGGAAGAAGAACGGGGUGCAGAUCGCCCUUAGCGACCACAUCAAACAGCGGAGGGAGGUGGCCAAGACGGUGUUCUGUCUGGUUCUGGUCUUCGCUCUCUGCUGGCUUCCUCUCCACCUCAGCCGCAUCCUGAAGCUCACCAUCUACGACGAGAAGGACCCCAACCGCUGUGAGCUGCUCAGUUUCUUUUUGGUGCUGGACUACAUCGGCAUCAACAUGGCUUCUGUCAACUCCUGCAUUAACCCCAUUGCCCUGUACAUGGUCAGCAAGCGCUUCAAGAACUGCUUCAGGUCCUGUCUGUGCUGCUGGUGCCUACCUGCCGAAAUGCUGAUGGACGAGAAGCAGUCAUGUAUGAAGCUCAAAGUCACAGAGCGAUCCUCCGAGCACAGCCACUUCCGCAUCACCAACUAGUCCAGCACCGCCUGAGGAGCGAGGAGGGUGCAGCUAGAGGUGGGGGGACGAGGACCCAAAAACAAAAAGACGAGAAAGCAAGAAAAACAAAUUUGACGUAUGGCCGAGUGAACGAGGCCAAAUUCUUUUCUCCUGGAAGAUGUCAUACGAGCGCUCCAGAUGCGUCGGCACAGAAACUCACUCUUUAUCCAGAGAGAGAUGGGAGCGGAGCGUCAGCAAACUCCAGCAAACCCCAGCCCGGGUUUUGUGCUUCUUUUUUUUUUUUUUUAAAGCUGGAGCCACAUAAAUAUGAGCCAAUGUUGGAAAGAAGAAGAAAAAAAGAAAAAUGGUAAAAUUGAAGAGUGUUGCUCUGAAAAGGGUUAAAGGUCAUUUUGCUGCGACAGCAAAUCAAACCCGCAGUCUGGAAAGAGACUGACUCAUUGAAUCUCAUCGUAUGGACGGUUGCACGUUUGUUGCAGACGAUCAUGAAUGCGGUUCUACGGUGGCUCUGAGGCUUCUGUUGUUCAUGUGAUGUAUAUCCAGUUAAGUGAAUAUAUGUUUUAAUCAUCUUGCAUGCUUUGCAUACUUACUGCAAGGGGUGUUUCGAGAUUGCAGCACGAGCUCUUGCAAUAUCGAAAUGCCAUCUGGUUGCUGUUUGUCUCUGAUUAUGUCUGUUGAAGUAAGAGUAUGCUGUUCUUCUGAGGACUUUUAACCUGACGCUUUGUUUCUCUUAUUCUUUGAGUCUCUUAUUUUGAAGUAAGUAAGGAAGUAGUUGAGUUCUGUUGACAGAGUCAACUAAUAAAUACCGCUCGUCAGCCUGA